CCCUUGAAGAGAUUGUCAGACCUACACAAUGUGGUCUUCCGCUUCAUAACUCCUCUCUCACCAUGGAAGGGAGGCAUGUACGAGAAAAUUAUUGGGAUUCUGAAGUCCUAUCUAAAAAAGAUUACGCUUGUAAGACCGCUGCAGUCACUGUCCUUCUUCGAGACUGUUCUAGCCGAAGCAACUGACCUGGUCAACUCAAGACCCCUAGCCCCCCUAGACUUAGAAGAGGGAACCGUCCUGACUCCCAAACACUUCCUCUUCCCUUAUGAGAAAAACAGUUUAAGCCGAGAUGAGGAACCAAAGAAGUGGGGUGAAGUUAGCAUGCCGAAAGGACUCAAGACAGCCUGGGCGGAGGUAAAAGACACCAUCAUCGAGUUGUGGAACAUUUGGGGAGACAGCUAUCUGAACGCCCUCAAAGAACGAAAUCAACAUGCUGGAAACACAAAAUGGGUCAAAACAACUAAAGUGGGCAUGUUGGUACUGUGUACUGAACGCGGUAAAGAUCAGAGAAAAUGGCAUCUAGGGAUAGUCGAGAAGAUACACCCUGACUCUUCGGGAAAUAUACGCAGCGUAAAGGUACGCCACCCUGAUCGUAAAGUAUACGAUAGACCACCGGAAUUAUUAGUG